ACAGUUGUGAUAAGUAGCUGGUUCUCAUGUGGAUUACCUUUAACUGCUGGUGCUGCUUUGUUGUUGGACGAUUUAAAAAUGUGCAUCAAAUAUUUUGCAUUUGCUCUUCUUUGGUUUCCUGGAGUGCUGCACGCACAGAGCACCACACAGGCCUGUGAUGCUCCCACACUGGACGGUGGCUUCUUUGCCCCAAAGCAAGAGACUUACUCUCAGGGCACCAAGCUGAGCUACACCUGCAACGAAGGACGUACGCUAGCAAUGAAGGGUUGGUGGGCAACCAGCACAUGUCACAAUGGAAAAUGGUCUCAUCAGCUACAGUGUAUAGAAAGCAUGAAUGCGUGCAGCGUGCCUCCUAAAAUCCCCCAUGCAGUCAUCGUUCAUCAGGACUACCAGGAAGUGUUUGCUGCAGGUUCAGAAGUGCAGUAUGAGUGUGAGGAUGGAUACACUGCAGAGGGAGCACACAACACAAAAUCUGUUUGUACACAAGGAAGCUGGACACAAGGCCCGACCUGCAGAUCUUCAAAUGAGGGAGACACACGUCUUCGUUAUACAACAAUUCAAAGUUGCGGAAACUUCCCUGUUAUUGAAAAUGCUGUUGCUCAGCAAACUUCACGAUACUAUUUGAUAUACCGAUGCCAACGUUUGUACAGAUUAGUGGGUCCAGAAAGAGUGAAGUGUAUCAGCAGUGGCACGUGGUCAAACUUACCUGAGUGCAGAGUUAACUUCUGUGCUGUCAACACCAAUGACAAUCCUGAAUACAAAUCUGUGGGAACUGUGCACAUAGAAAAUGGUGAGGAAGAGAGAGUGGAGUGUGUGAAACCACACAGCUGGUCGUUUGAACAUUAUUCUAAGGUUCGAUGCAUCAAUGGAAGAGUGGAGGCAACUAACUGUUGUGACAGGGCAGAGCAUGCAGUGGGAUUGUGUGACUAAACCUGUAGCUGAGGAUUAGCUCACCACUUUGGAGCUUUUACAGGAGGAACCUGACUUAUGAUCGCAUCGUCACAGCCUGUGUUAGCUUUUCAUUUUCAUCUUCAAAAAUUUAAGAGAAAAUGGUUUGUGUGCUCUUAUUUGAGACACAAACACCACCAAACUGAAUAAAGUCUCAGAUUUUACCAUCAAAACUG